UCAUUUCCGGGUGACCGUUUUCUUUAAGGUGACUCGGCUGCUUUAUUUACAUUUUGCUUUUGUUACAUUUAAAUUGAAAUAAUGCCGCACGGACACUCUCACGAUCAUGGGGGAUGCAGUCAUGAGGCCACGGAUGUGGAUCAUGCCCUAGAGAUGGGCAUCGAGUACAGUCUGUACACGAAAAUUGAUCUGGAGAAUACGGAGUGUUUAAACGAGGAAACUGAUGGCCAAGGAAAAAGCGUCUUUAAACCGUACGAGAAACGCCGGGACCUCUCGAAAUACGUUCAAAGCGACGCAGAUGAAGAGCUCCUGUUCAAUAUUCCCUUUACCGGCAAUGUCAAGCUCAAGGGAAUCAUCAUCAGCGGUGCCAACGAUGAUUCUCAUCCAAAUAGGGUCAAAAUCUUUAAAAAUCGACCUAGGAUGACUUUCGACGAUGCCAAAGCUAAUCCCGAUCAGGAAUUUCAUCUAACCCGCGACGCCCGUGGAGAUAUCGAAUACUCACCCAAAGUGGUAACCUUCUCCUCCGUGCAUCAUCUCUCACUAUAUUUCCCCAGCAAUUUCGGAGAUGAAACUACGCGCAUUUACUAUAUAGGACUUCGUGGAGAGUUCACUGAAGCUCAUUAUCAUGGUGUAACCAUUUGCAAUUACGAAGCUCGUGCCAAUGCCGCAGAUCACAAGGAUAAGGCCUUCGAUGGAGUGGGAAGGGCUAUCCAGUAAAUCAUAAAAAGCCUAUUUAUAUGGUAGAGUAAAUUCACAAUUUAAUUGAGUAUCUCUGUAA